AUGAAUACAUCAUCAACUGAUGCGCCGAUAAUACCAUCAGCAUAUUUUUAUUUUUCAGCAAAUUUAAUUGAUAAUAAUAAUAAUAAUAUUAAUACAUUGGACAAUCAAGCAUUAUCGUUAUUACAAUUCAAUCAUGAAUGGAUACUUCCAUUAUUUAUACUUUCAUUAUUUGGUAUUUUAUUAACAAUAAUAAUAUCAUUUUUUUAUCUUUAUUUAUCGACUUAUCGUUUAAAUAAUUAUUUAAAUUUGUCAAAUUUAUUUCUUUGCUUCAGCGUUUGCUUUAUUUAUAUUGUUGUUGUCAUUUUUUUAAUACGUGGUAACGAAUUAUUUUGUGGUUUAAGAGAAUUUCUAUCACAAUUUGCAUAUGUUCUACUUUAUUCGGCAUUAUUAUGUCGUUAUAUAAUGCAAUGGUUGUCAACAAGAAUACUCUCAAAACGUACAAAACAAUUGACUUCUCUAUUGAUUUAUUCAUUACUUGUAUUUAUACAAAUACCAAUCGGUAUACUUUGGUGGUAUUUUACCAUUCCGCGUGCUUGCCAACAGCGUACAAUUGAUGAGUAUCCUAAAUUAAAAUUAAAUUUUCAAAAACAAAUAUCAUCAAUAAAAUCAUGUUCAUUUCAAUGUAUUGUUGAUUAUCGUUUCUAUGCGACAUUUACAUAUACAAUAAUAGAAUUAUUCUUAUGCACAAUAAUAGCAACAUGUCUAUUUGUAUGUCGCCAUUGUUAUCGAGCUCGAAAUGAAAAAGACAAAUCCAUUCGAACAAACAACAAAACUGCAUUAUUAGCAUUUUUCAAUAUGUUUGCAUUAGUUUUAAUCAAUAUCGCAUGGCUAAUAUGGACACUUAUUUAUCAUUUCGCUCAUCCCUACUUUGUAUUUCCGUCAGUUGUGAUUGGUAUGUUUACAAUAGGGACUAUAUGUUUAUUCUUUAUCUUAAUUCCAAAAGUUUAUUUUUAUUCAAAAUGUUCAAAGAAUGAAUUGAAUAUGCCUGAGACAGUCAUAUAUACAAAUAAAUUAGCAGCCAUGGACGAUAUGAAUGAUGAUGAUGAUGAUGCUUUAAUUCUUAAUGGAAAACUUAGAGAUCAAAAUAAACCACAAAAUAAAUCAAAUCAAAGUGAAUCCUCCUAUGAAUUAGCUAAGAGUGGAACAUUUUUACCGCUUACACGAUCGCCGAAAGGACCAUUUAAAGUUAUCAAUACAAAUAGAAAGAAAUCAAUCGAAAAAUCUGAUACAUUAAUUCACGAAGAAGAUUUUAAUAUAAAACAAAUAUCGAAAACUCAAGAUGAAUCAAGUCCGCAUGACAAAACAAUAUAUAAACAAGAACUAAAAUCAUCUUUGGUACCAAUUCAUUAUCAAUUAACAUCAAGUAGUAAAUCCUAUGAUUUGUUUAAUCCAACAUUGAAAAGAGAACAUAGCCAUCAACCAAACUCAAAUGUUCGACCGCCUUCAUCUUCCAUAUACCCCUCAUCAUAUACUCCUCCACAUUAUGACGAAGCAAUCAUACCGAUUCUAUGCAAUUCACAACGUUCUCAAUCAUCAACACCUGUAAAAAUGCGUGUGCUUGUUAAAUCACCGUCAUCAUCAGUACCAAUUCCACGCCGUGUUUAUUCUGGUAUUGAUCGUCGAUAUAUUCGACAUCCAUAUCAUUAUGUCCUCCCUCCUUCAACAGCACCAACAGCAGCAGCAGCACCACCACCACCACCGUCUAUCACUCCUAUAUUCUAUUCACCACAAGCACAACGAGAAAAUUUCUUUACUGACCCAUAUCGAAGAACAUUAGCUUAUCCGGGUGAAAAUUCAGAACAAUCCAUGCUCUCUUCAACUUAUCGUUAUCCCUAUCCACAUCGACGAUCUCAUAUGGAUUAUCGUUCAUUAUCUCAACGUUUAUGGGAUAUUGAUAGUGGCGAUGAAGAAGAUGAACUUCAUGAAAAUCUUCGUAAUAUUCGUCGUGAUUUAACGCCAAUGAAAGAACGUUUGAAAGAUUUUCGCAUAACACAAUUUGAACAUGAUGAUCCUACUAUAUUACAUAUUGAUGAUGAUGAUGAUGAUGAAGAAGAAAAUUUAUUCGAUAAAAAACUUUUAUAUAUCUAA